AUGGGCCUCGGUCACCUGUCGCCUACAGGGGGCAUAAUAGUCGGUGUACUGGUCGGAGUGAUAUCAACGAGUUUACAGGCCGUCGGACUCACGCUACAACGGAAAUCGCAUAUGCUUGAAGACGAGAAGUUUCCUUAUGACACGCGCAGGCCGGCCUUCAAACGGAGAAGAUGGCAGAUCGGAAUGUUCAUGUUCGUCAGUGCCAAUAUCGUUGGGAGCACUAUACAGAUUACGACUCUGCCUCUACCAGUCCUCUCGACCUUACAAGCUUCCGGCCUUGUUUUCAAUACCAUAUUUGCAACUCUGAUCCUAGGGGAGCCGUUCACCCGAUAUUCAGUACUUGGAACAUGUCUAGUAUGCGCUGGCGCUAUUCUGAUUGCCACCUUUGGAGCUAUUGGCGAACCUGCCCACACUUUGGAUCAACUACUUGAACUUCUUGUUCGACCUGCAUUCCUCCACUGGAUGGCUGGAACGGCUGCGGUCGUUUUGCUUUUAGUCCUGGCAGCUCGUGCUCUGAGGGUGUCUCCUACUCCUGCCCAGGCUAGGGGUUACCUGUCUAUCUGGUCUCCGCAUCUACACCACAGUCCCCGGAUAAAGCUGGUCCGUGGAAUGAUAUACGGGUCUCUUAGCGGCAUCCUGUCCGCUCACUGCCUUCUUCUUGCAAAGUCUGCAGUCGAGCUGGUAGUACGAACGAUUUCUGACCAGGAUAACCAAUUUGUCCACUGGCAGUCUUGGAUCAUCCUGCUCGCUCUCGUUGCUUUGGCCCUCACCCAGAUGUACUAUAUGCACCGUGGCCUGAAGUUGUGCAGUACAAGCAUCUUAUAUCCUUACGUGUUUUGCGUUUACAACAUAAUCGCCAUUUUAGAUGGUCUAAUAUAUUUUCACCAGACGUCUCAGCUUUCCGGGCUGCACGCUGGGUUGAUAGCCCUUGGAACUGUUAUUCUACUGUCCGGGGUCCUUUGCCUUUCCUGGAGAUUAGAAGAAUCCUCUACACACCCUGGACAGGCUGCCGUAGCUCCUCCGACAAGCGCUAUAGGCCCUGGUCUUGGUUUAAUGGAGGAACCAGACGACUCGGCGGCAUCCUAUGCCGAUUUCAUACAUCCCGGUGACGAAGAAGCAUACCUGGGCGAGCGCCAACCUCUACUACACCACACACCUCGUCACCGACAGCCUUCGAGCCCCCUCAUCCACCCAUACAGAGCAUCCACCUUUUCACACAGGCGUGCCACCAACCCAGGCCUAGAAACUGCAGAGAUACUAGCAGAGCUCCGAGAUGACCAGGAUGAUGACGACAUUAGUGGUCGUCGAGAGCUUCUCACCCGCUCGGCUCUCCUCCCUCCCGAUUCACCGUCGUGGCCCCGUCGAGCGUCAAAACGACAGAGACGUAAGAGCACUACUUCAGUUUCAACCGGCCAUAGGCGUUUAUUCUCUCUCUGGGGGACAUCCAGUGAGACUAUGGUGUCGACGGGCAGUGGCCGGGACAGCAGAAGACUCACAGAUCCCAAAAGAAGAAGUUUUGCAGAGGGAUCUUAG